UCCAGUAGGCAGUCACCUCCUCGUCAUCCUCCUCGUUUGCUCAACACUUUUUGUUGCUGCAGACUCUCUCAGGACGUGUGACUGUGUUUUGUAGUUUUCUUCAUUUCUUUUUUUCUACUGCUGCAAACAACACAACCACUUCCUCUCUAUCGGAUACAUUUCUUCACUUCUACAUCCAAAGUUCAACCUGGUUGGUUUUUUAUUUAUUAUUAUUGUGUUGGGAGCUCGAAGAGGAGAUAAAAAAGAAAGCAAGACUGAAAGAAGAAGAAGAAAACAGAGAAACCUGGAGGAGGAAAAGGGCGUUCAUACUAAGAAGUAACCAUGGAAGUUCCUGGUAUGCAGAGUUCUCAGAUCGAUCCGGAGGAGUUGUUCACUAAACUGGAUCGUAUUGGAAAAGGAUCUUUUGGAGAGGUGUUUAAAGGCAUCGAUAAUCGUACUCAGAGCGUCGUUGCCAUUAAGACGAUUGACCUGGAGGAGGCGGAGGACGAGAUCGAGGACAUCCAGCAGGAGAUCACGGUUCUCAGUCAGUGCGACAGUCCGUACAUCACCAAGUACUACGGCUCCUAUCUGAAGGGCAGUAAACUAUGGAUCAUCAUGGAGUAUCUGGGCGGAGGUUCAGCGCUCGACUUGCUUCGGGCGGGUCCGUUUGACGAGUCUCAGAUUGCAACCAUGCUGAAGGAGAUCCUGAAGGGACUCGACUACCUGCACUCCGAGAAGAAGAUCCACAGAGACAUUAAAGCUGCCAACGUCCUGCUGUCGGAGCACGGUCAGGUGAAGCUGGCGGACUUCGGGGUGGCCGGUCAGCUGACGGACACGCAGAUCAAGAGGGAAACCUUCGUGGGAACGCCGUUCUGGAUGGCUCCGGAGGUCAUCCAGCAGUCCGCCUACGACUCCAAGGCCGAUAUCUGGUCGCUGGGCAUCACGGCCAUCGAGCUCGCCAAGGGUGAACCUCCCAACUCAGACAUGCAUCCGAUGCGAGUGCUGUUCCACAUCCCCAAGUCUCCUCCUCCGACGCUGAGCGGAGAUUUCUCCAAGAGCUUCAAAGAGUUCACCGAGGCGUGCCUCAACAAGGACCCUACCUUCCGUCCGACAGCCAAAGAGCUCCUCAAACACAAGUUCAUCGUCAAACACUGUAAGAAGACGUCCUACCUCAGCGAGCUGAUCGACAGGUACAGGAGGUGGAAGGAGGAGGGCCACAGCGGCAGCAGCUCCGACGACUCAGACGGGGAGUCCAGUAAUAAAGAGAACAGCGAGUCACCUGAGUGGUCCUUCACCACCGUCCGUAAGAAGAAGACGGAGGGCAGGAAGGUCCUCAACGGAACGGGUCAGGAUCAGCUGGUUAAAUCUGCCAGUCUCACAACAGUCAUCUCUCCUGUCUUCACUGAGUUGAAGCAGCAGCACAAGGAGCACUCUGAGCAGCGACUGGCCAUCGAGGAGCUGGAACGCAACAUCCGAUUGGCUGAAGAGGUCUGUCCAGGCAUCACGGACAGGAUGGUCACACACAUCAUUGCCAGAUUCACGACCACCUGAAGGACUCGAACCCGGAUCGGAAAAGGAAGUACAUUAUGUGAAUAGAGACUGUGUCUCCGUACGGUGACGCUGCUGGAUGAUUUGGAAAACUGAGGAGAUUUGCUGUGCGAUGUCUCCUCGCUGUACAAACACAUCACACACACACACACACACACACAUGCACACACACACUACUAAUGUAAUAUAUACACUAUAUAUUAUAAAUAUAUAUAUAUUCACUGCUGCAGGUUGAAGACCUUUCUUUCACCCCGAGUUGGAUUCAAAAUUCGCCGUAUUUUUUAAUCCUCUGGUCUGAAGUUUUGAAAAAACAAUUUUAAGUUGUCAGUUGGAUUUGUGGUUUUCGUUUCCCCUUUUUAGGGUCAUGAACUCCUCCUUUUUUGCUCAAACUUAACACCUUAAGUAAGUCUACAUAUUUAAACUUUAAAAUUACCAUCAUGUGCCUUAAUUAUUUAUGUUAUCAGUCAUUUUUUAAAAGUAGACGUCACAUUUUGAGCAUGUUUUUAUUUGUUUUUUUGUUGAAACCGUACACAGAAAGUUCUAUAUAGAAGAGGGUUCUCGUCCAUCAGCAGUGGUAUGUUUUGUGUCAUGACUCGUCUUGACUUUGUAGAUGUUUAUAUGUUUGUUCAGUAGCACUUGAGACAGAUUAUAUGCCAAUAUUACAUUUUUUUGUUGCCUUCAGUAAUGCUUUAAAUUACAGUUCCCUGAUCCCGGAGUUCAAGUCGAGGUCAGGUCUAACCUUCAAAGUCAAACACUUCCGUUUUUCAGACUUAUAUUUGGUCAUUUUAGGUGUGAUUUUACAGCAUAAAUGCUAUUAAAUAUGUAAUCCGGAACAAUUUUUCAGCUUUACUUACUGAUUUGUAUGGAAAUUAUUUUGAACAUCCAAGAUGAAAAACUAAUUGGCGCUCCAAAUGAACGGUUGAAUUGGUCCGGACUGUUGGCUGAGAUUUCAUUCUGGGAUUCGUAUUCUGGGAUGUUCAAAAAGUGUCAAGAUUUCAGUGGGAAUAAAAACAAAAAAUUAACAUUUUCCAGGAUCUGCAAGCAAGACGCAACCGCACAAAGGUCUUCCACUCGCUCAUGAAAACACUGUGUCCUUUUUUCAAUAUGCAUCAAGUUUGGGAAAAAACGGUUGAUUCUUAACAUAAUGCUUGAUGUGUAAAGGACGUUGUUACCCAUCAUUGUAAAGUAACGCAGGUCCUUUUCAAGAGCAUGACGGGAGCUGUAAUCAAAGGUAUUACUGAUAGUUUGUACCAAAGACACUAUAAAAACUUGGUCAUUGUAUAUUUUUGUCUUUUUAUAUAUCAUAAGGGAUACGACAAUGCUUGUUGAGGGGGGAAAUGUAAAAUGAAAGAUGUAAGAUUUUACAGAAGUGUACUCUUUUUUUUGUAGCGGGACUUAGAGUUUUAUGAAUAAAUAUUUAAGUUUGAUUGAGAAACAAC